AUGCCGCGCAGCGUCGACGUCUCCGGCAGAGUCGUCUUCAGGUGUUGCCAUUGCCUGCGGACCAUCGAGGAAGAAGUGGAGGUGCUUCUGGAGAAUUGCUACUGCAGCCGGGUCUGCCUCAAAGGGGGCCCGAGGCAGCUUGAUGGAUCCUGCAUUGCGACACCUUCUUGGGUAAUGCCGCCGGAGAAAGCUGCGCCAAGGCCGCUUGGACGAAGGCUCUCUUGCACCGAGCUUCCGACGGACAAUUCAAAGAAGCCUGAAGUUUCCCAGGCCCAGGCGAUCUCGCCACCAUUUGCAUCCCAUUUCCUUCAGAGAGUGUCUAAGACACUGGCCGAGGUUCUGCUGCGCCCGAGCGCUUGGUUAUCAGAGCUUCUUCAAGUACUCGCCUUGGCAGUCGGGGCUGACCUGUCAACGAUCGCCAAUGGCAACCUGCUUACGAAGGCAAUUUAA